AUGACGCAAUUUACAUCAUUUGCUGGAUUGGGUGGGUUAAAUUUCAUUUUGUCCUGGGGUGGAACAACGGGUGCCUACAUGAUUAAGACUUGGAUAUCGUCUAAUUUCGAUAAUGAUCAUGACAAUAUGCCUUAUCAAUUAUUGGAAAGUGUAAGUGAUGUUUCAUCUAUUUUAGGAAGCAAUACUAAUGUCCCGAUUUUAGGAAAUGACGUUGAUAUAGAAACUAUAGAAAAUGAUGUUAAUACUACUCGACAAGGUCGAAAAUUUAAAAACAUUAAGAUCAUUAAAUUAUCCAAUCCCGUGAUGAUUUAUUUUAUUGUUAUUUUCUGGGUGAUUGUUUAUGGAUCAAUUCGAUAUUCAACAACAUAUAUUCCAUUCUAUCAACGAAAUAUUGAAUCAUACGCUGCACAUUCACUUGUUAAAGUUGGAUGUGUGAUUGGUGCUUACAAUAAUUAUGAAACUAAAUAUUAUGUUAAUCGAACAGAAGAAUUAGCACGAAAUGGUAGCAAAUUUAUUUUAUGGUCUGAAGCUAUAGUCUUUGUUAAUGACACGGCACAAUAUAAUGAACUUGAACAGGGAAUAAAAAAUAUAUCCCAAAUUUACAAAACCUAUAUUGGGUUUACUUAUGCUGAUGCAUCAAGUAAUGGGAAAAUAUAUAAUAAAUUAACUGUAAUAUCACCAAAUGGCGAUAUUUUGAUCAAUUAUGCCAAAACAAAUUUAGUACCUUUUGUAGAAUAUGAAGUAACUGCCGGACCCCAAAUUUUACAAACUAAUGUUACUUCAGAUUUUGGUACUAUCGGAGGUGCAAUUUGUUUUGACUAUAAUUUUCCAAGUUUUAUUAAUCAAGCAUCAGAAAAUAAUGUUGAUUUCAUGAUACAGCCCUCGGAUACUUGGGUAAGUCCAGUUGCUGGUUAUCAUUUUCGUACCAACACGAUAAGAUCAAUCGAAAAUGGAUUCACAUUAUUCCGAUGUAGUCAUUAUGGAAUCUCUGGAGCUUGGGGACCCUAUGGUCAGACCUACGUGGCAGUAGAAACUGUGGAUGAUUUAAUAAUAUCAUUUCAAAUGCCUUUAUAUAAACGUGUAAAAACAGUUUAUGGUAUAUUUGGAGAAGCUUGGGCAUGGAUUUGUCUAGCGUUUUCUAUAUUGUUUUGUAUUAUUAUGAUUGCAUUAAUUUUUUCACCAGACCAUAUUAAGAACCCUAUUAAGAAAUUAUUUCCGUGA